AUGGCCAGUGGUGAUAACCAUCAGCCAUGGGGCUACUCCCAUUUUAAUCAGAAUGGCCCUGAGCCGGGCCAAGGACCCUUCGUGAACUCAUCCUUUGGCGCUCCUCCUGGUGGUGGUCUGGACGACAACCCCUAUUCUGUUGGCCAUGCCCACCAGUGGCAGCCCCAAGAAAGCCACUUCCUGCAGGAGAAUGGGUACCCAUCGUAUCAGCCCCAACCCCAGCACCACUCUCAACACCAACAUCAGCCCCAGACCCAGGACCAAGGGCAACCAUAUCAAGUCCAAGGCUUCUCCGGGCCCAAUCCUCACAUUACAAACCACCAACAACCUCAGACGUACUCGCACCCGGCCCAGAUAUCACUGGAUGGCCAGCAAGAAUUGACAUGGGAUUAUGACUUUGGCUUCGAGCCCAAUCCCUUGACCAACAUAUCGUAUGGUAGUGGCUUGCAACAUGGCUCUCAUGCAAAUGGCUUGCCCGGUACAUUCGCCCCGGACAUGCCCACCACUCUGGCGCAGCAACAUCAGUAUCUUGCAGAGCCUUCCGGGGGCCGUAAUUAUUCACCAGGCCAGCAAGUCUCAUCCAAUGCUAGGAGCCCACCGCAACACCCCCCCCAGCCAGUGGUUCAACAGAUGAACCAGCGACAUACACAUACAAUGGAGUACCAACAACCCAGCAUGAGUCAGCAACAACAGCAGCACCAGCAGCAGCAGCAGCAGCACCAGCAUCAGCAGCAACCUGCAAUAAUUCAACACCAGCAGGUCCAUCCAGUGCAGAACGGAAGUCAGCAGCCAAGUCAGCCCCAAACGAUGAGCUUCCAACAGCAGGCACCAAGAGUAGGCACGCCUCAGUCUCUUGGCACAAAUACACAGCUCCGCCAGUCUCCAUUCAGUGGCCAUCAGAUGCCUCCCGUUCCCAUGCAGCAGGGACAAUUCGGAGUUCAAAAUGGCCGUGGCAGUCCGGCAGUGCCGUUCUCGGCUCCCCAGCAGAUGACGGCUUCCAAAGCGCAGCCAAUUCUCUCGAAUCCGCCUACGACGCAAAGUAGAUUCAUGCCCCAGCAGGCUAAUCUCCAGCAAGCUAUGUCCUCACAGACCAUGCCUGCGCCCCGGCCAGCGGCUAGCCCAUUGUCCAUGAACAACACUACUCCAAUACAAAACAUCAAACCCAAGAUUCAACAGACUAUGCAGCAGUAUGUCCAGCCUGUCCAGCCGAACACCCAACCGAACGCCCAGCCAACCGUUCAACCGAGGGCCAAUGUGCCUACGCAAUCACCAGCUUCCUUCCAACAAGCUACUGUGGGUGGUCUUGCACCGCCCCGUGUAAUAAGGCAGGAUGACAAGGCGAUACCAAGUGUACGGUCGCGAUACAUUGGGUUCACACUUGCUCCUCCAGCGGACCUCGAGGACGGCUCGGAGCAAGAGACACCAAUUGGCGAUCUCAGGGACCCAGAUGAGAUCAUCGGCGGACCACUUGAUUACCGUUUUCCAGCGCAAGGUAACCUACUCCGACCUCUUGCGUCUUCGAUCAUACAAGAAUGGUCCAGGGCUAUGGAGAAAGAUGAUAGCGUGGGACAGAACGACCAGGAGCAGCGAUUAAAGCAGCAUUUCGGGGGAGUUGUGCCCGUUCACUACGCGGAAAGGAUGAGAGAGACUGCAGCUGCCAAGGAGAAAGCCUCUCGCAAGCCAGGCCCCAAACGAAGCAAGACUCGACCGGCAGACGAGGCUGAUGCCGCUGAAUGGGAUUCAAUCGGUGUGGUCUAUCUGACAAAGUCAAAUCCUUCAGGGACAGAAAUUGGCGCCGCUGUGGCUGCAUACGGUAAGCUGAUUCGAGGGCUCACUGGCGAAUUCCAGACGACAAAGCAAAAGCUUAAGUCGGCGAAAGAGGGGGACGCUGCUGCCUUGAAGGAAAAGGUUGCGCGCAGGUUGGAUAUUAUUUGUCGAGCCGUGGAGGGAGCGAACAAGUGGGGUGACCACCAAGUUCUGGCAAAUUUGGGUGGAAAUCAGAAGCUCAUCAGUGACUUCGUGACAUGCCUGAUCCACGCCAAUAAUUCCGCUGACCACAACGGUAAAGCUGCAAAAGCCGUGUUGCGGCUGAUGUCGGAGGUGACGACCAUGGAAAGGGAAUUCCUCAUGACAAACCUCCAGUUUGCCAAGAUCAGCAAAAAGUUCGAGUCCAAAGGUGAUGCAGACGUGAAGGAACUGGUGAAGAAAAUCAAGGAGAACUUGAAGACCAAGGAGGAGGUCCUGAAGGAAGGGCGGCUGGACGGUGUAGAGGGCACUUCGACCCCAGAUCCCCCUAAUGCACCCUACAAGGGCGUGCCUGCACCCAGCGGUGCUACUGCCGACGGCUCUAAGAAGAAAGUACCGAGCACAACAUCUGCCAAGGUGCCGCCAACUGUGUCAUCUGCGAAGCGGCCUCGUGACGAGGAGAGCGACACGAAGUCCGCAAAGAGAGUCGCGACUGAGCCCUCCGCCUCACAAGCAAAUCUUCCCGGCCAUAAGCCCGCGCCGUCCAAGGUGGUGGUCCCUCCUAGUACCACCACUCCUCAGGCCAAGCUGUUCUCUGGGAGUGGUAUGCUGGGUGCCAAGGCAAAAGCCGUCUCCAAAUCCGCACCGAAAGCUCCGCUAGUGAAGCCUGAAGGUGGUUUGAGCAAGACCGAGGUCAAGAAGGAAGGCGGACCACCAAGACCAGAGAUCACAAAGACGAGGAAGACAGAACCGGCCAAAGACGAUGCACCCGUUACUUCCAAGUUUGGUGGGAUUGGUUCUCUCCUGGACGAAAUUUCGAAACCGAAGGCGGCCGGACGCACGACGCCCGAAAGGGAGUCCAAGGUUAAGAAGGACGAGACCCCAGAGGAGAGAGCCAGGCGCUUACGGAAGGAAAAGAGACGCCAUUUGAGGGUCACUUGGAAGGAGGAUGAUGCACUGACGGAGGUCAGAGUCUUCCACAGGGAGAGCCUCGAGGACGAGGGCAGAGCCAGCAACAUGAUACGCGACGCACGUGAUGACAGGUCUGAAGGCAUGGUGCUCAAGCAGGGAUUGCAGGGUGGCACGCAACUCGAAGACGAAGACGAAGAAGACGAGCUACCUUACCGACCGUGGUUUGAGCCUUCCGCCAUCGACUUUUCUUCAAUCCCUCACGGAAGGAGGGACAAGCAAUUUGUUACUCGUGGGGGCCUGGUUGAUUUCGAAACCGAACAGCAAAAAGCCAUUGUGGAGCGUGAAAGCAAGGAAUUGAUGGUCGUCUACACCGAUCCAUCUGACAUCCCUCCCACGCCCAAGUCCCCGCACACGCGACCGCAAGAAGACACAGACAUGCAGUCAGGCACCGUUGCGUCCUUGCCACAAGGCGAACCACAGCUCGCUGAAAUCCAUCUCCGUUGGAACGAAGCAAGCUCGCGUGGGCUGUCUUGGGCGCGACUGAACGCGUUGCGCAGGGCCCAGAAAGGACAGGCUCCAUUGUCUGGCGCCACAGGCCAGCUCAACAUGCACUCCAAUGCGUCGGGCGCUUUUGACACGACCGCGACCGUCCUUCAUCAAAACAUGUCCAGAGAAGAUCAAGUCUUUGCGCUCCUCACUUCUGAGCAAGUCAAGCAGUGGAGGGACCCCAACCCCUACGAUCCAGCAAACCCCAAGACGCACCGUCGCUACGACUACGCGGAUCCUGGAACUCAACCAGCAGCCGACUUGGUCGAGGACGUGGCAGAGAUGCUCAAGGGCAAACCCGUGCCCCCCACCGAACCUCCUGAGUGGAUGAGGCAUGACGCCGCGAAGGUUGCAGAAUGGUGGCACGGAUACAACAAAGAUAGACAACGGGUGGAGCAGCGAGCCCAUCAGCAGCAGGCGGCACAGCCUGUUGCUGCUCAACCUGCCGCUGCUCAACAGCAACAGAUGCCCUCGGCCGCUCAAGGCUCCACAGACCAACAAGCAGCAGCCUGGGCGGCUUACUACGCGCAGCUCCAGCAGUACCAAGCCCAUCAGGCUCAAGCGGCUGCGCAGACGCCGUAUGCACAGGCUUACGACCCUUAUCAACAAGUUGCACAGCCUUCUCAACAACAAGGUGCCCCAGUGCAAGCUGCCGGAGAGUCUAACGCCCAGCUUCAAGCUGUCCUAGCUGCCCUCAGUGCCACACCCGCCCAAACCCAACCACAGCCAGCUCAGGCUGCAGCAGAUCCUCACCUCCAAGCCUUGCUCGCAAGCCUCAGUGGCACCUCAGCCGCCCAGCAACAACCACAACCACAACACGCUGCUCCCAACCACACCGACCCUGACUACAUGGCAUACAUUAUGUCUCUUGCUGCAGGUCAGGCGCCAGACCAAUCCCAACGGACACAACAGCCAACAAAUAGUGGUCAACCAGCCGACGACGACCGUGAUUAUGAUAGAGAUCGAGAUGCGGAUCAUCCGGGACGUCGGGAUAAGGGCCGCGGUGGAAAACACGUGAACAACGUGCCCCGUGGCAUCAAUCCCAACAAGAUCGGCACCAAGCCCUGUACAUUCUGGGCCAAGGGAAUGUGCAGCAAGGGUGAUUCUUGUACAUUCCGACACGACUAG